AUGAAGGCAGAUGCAUUGAACAGCCAGAUCUUCGGCUACAAGGAGUGUCUGCAGACGUACGAAGUGCAGGAGUCGCUGAAGAGACAGAACAAGCCCUCCACAGCAGCAGACGUGGCGCAGUGGUUCAGCAAGGUGAAUUUUGCCGAGGAGUCGAUCAGUGCCAAGACUGUUGAAUGUCAUCUGAAAAUCGUCAGACGACUUACACCUGAGUGCAGAAACCAGCUGGACGGCUUGGAGUUUGCUUUCAGCAAGCAACACCCUCUGGCCAAGUGGACGGCUUUGGAUGCUAUCUGUGGCAAGACAUCCGUGCCCAAGAACUUGGCAUUGCAGAACAAGCUGUUAGAGUUCGUUGUCUCUGGCAUCCAUAUCAGGCUCUUGAGAAACACCUUGUCGGCCUCGAUCCGUGAUGACACCAAAAGCAAGACAGUACCGACGUUCUUGGCUCUUCGUCGCAUCUCCCACUACAUCUCGUGGAAGCUGCAAUGCAAGGAGAUCAACGAGAUUUUCGGCAAUUGGACAGCUUUUCAUCGGAUGUUUCCUCGUGGCAGGGAAAUGGAGCUGUCAGAUCCUGGCAAGACAACGGCGCCAAUCUUCUCGGAGAAGUUUGCGAAACCAUCUGUGCAGGCCGCUGCGACGGGCUUGCAGAUGCUGUAUGACGGCAAUGCCGACCACAUCUUGCUGAAAUCGUUGGCGAGAGAUGUCAACAUGUCGGCUGAAGCCUUGUUGUCUGCGCCAGAGCUGUUGCAGGAGGAUUACUUCGACCUCGACAAGGUUCUCCAGCUGCAUGAAGAGGAGAUGCAGCCUCCGAAGCCUGAGCCGAAACCUGACACGAAGGUGGAGGAUGCCGUGUCAGACUCGCAGGAGACCCCGCGUAUGGGGGAAGACACGGCCAAGCCUGCCAACAUCGUGCAUGAGGUGGUUGUGAUGCAGAUGCUGUCAGAAUGGUUCCCAAAGCUGGUACUGCCCCCGUUGGCGACGGACAGCUUCAACAAUGUUGCGCCGUCAGCGCUGCAGAGCAUGUUCUCGUAUGCCUCCGCCCGUCUGACAUCCUUUGUGACCUUCAUGUCGGAGCCAGACAGCACGAAAUGGUUCGAGAUGGUGUCUGACAUCGCAAAGCCGGCUGCGGGUGCUGCGUCCGAAGACAGAACUGUGUACAUCUAUGAUUCCACAUGCCGGUAUGACCGUGCUUGCCUAGCUGGCAAGACUUGGCGGCAGCUACCGCAGUUAGACGACAGCCACUUCAAGAACAUUAUGGAAGCGGUGCUGCCGAAGAAAGACAUUGGGGGUGGGCAUGAGAUGAGCCUCUUCCAGAAGAACGACAUGUUCCUUUUCAAAGAUGCCCGCCGUCCCAGCAACUUCAGCAAGAUGACCCGCAUGGCAGCUGGAUUGCACACCAUGCGUUCCAAGACCUGGGUCGAGUUGAAUUUAAUUGAACUGGUCAGACAGGCUGUGAAAGGGGACUCAGAGUACCCGAAGAAGCUCAUGAACACGCCAGUCAGACUCUGCUGCAACAAUCUCGAGUUCACCAAGGACGGCUACGUCAGAAAGAACUCCUCCAAGGCGUGUAAGACAGGCCGGAUUGCUUUGCCGGAUCCUGUCGAGAACUUGUUCAUCCUCUGUAAGACAAAGUGUCAGACAGAGACUCGGCCGCGGAAGUUCCUUGACUUGCCGGGGAGCAACUACACGCGCAGCCUCCAAGGCCUCAGCAUUCGAAGUGGUGCCGAGGAGGAGCACGACAUGGCUGCCGGCGCGGGGGAUGAGGACCACGAAGGCGACGAGUCAGACACAAAGGCUGAGGGUGAGGCGGCGGACAGUCAGACUGUGGACGGUGAGCCAGAGACGACGCCGGAGGAAAGUGUCAAGUCAGACCAAACCAUGACUUGGUUUGCCUGGUCUCCGUCAGAGAUGUUUUGGGCGGAGAUGUACAACCUCUACGGCGUCAGACGGCCAGCCACGUGGAAGAUCAUCGACUUCACGCCCGGGCCGGGCUUGGCAGCCUUGCAAGCCGCCAGACAGUGUGUUCCCUACGUGGCCUUUUGCUUGCCGGGCCAAUCAGACACACUGCGCCAAUCCCUGACAUUCCAGAUUAUGGUGGAGAUUGUCAGAGGAGUCAACAAUGGCUUCACUCGCAGAGCGAUCAGCCGUGUCAGAAGUCUGACAGGCGGCCAUGCGGAAGAAGCACGCCUGGAUGCUGCGAGGGCUGCGGCGAGCCUGGACGCGUCGGUGAUGCCCGACUCACCUGGUCCUCAGACGAGUGGUGGUUGUCAGACGACUGGUGGCAAGCGCAAACGCGCUGAAGGGUCAGACUCCGAGUCGUCAUCGUCCAGCAGCGACAAGGAGUGA